AAAUUAAUAAAAGUAAGAGAGAAAAGAGAAAAGAAGGAAGCAGCAGCAGAGACAAAAGUGAAGAGUUUGCUUUGCGAGGAAGUAAGUAGGAGAUGCUCUGAACUUUCAAAUUUCUUCAAUCCCUGGAAAGAGAAGAAGAAGAACGUUCUAAAGCCAAUCCAUUUUCAUUUUGAAAGAUCGUGAUCGCAAUGGCGCUCUCCGCCGUGAGGCAGCGGCGCUCGGAGCCGUCGGAUCCGUCACCAUCAGAACCGUACACGAAGCUGGACAAGCCCGAGCAAGCGGAGGAGAAAGACGAAGGCUUGGGGUGGGUUUUUCCGUUUGUGGCUCUUGGAUUAUUGAGGUACAUGAGUGCCACCUCCAACAUCAUCCACGAUUGCGACGAGGUCUUCAAUUACUGGGAGCCCCUUCAUUUCCUUCUCUACAAAACUGGCUUCCAGACAUGGGAAUACAGUUCACAGUUUGCUCUUCGGUCAUAUUUGUACCUUUUAUUUCACGAAAUAGUGGGUCGACCAGCUUCAUGGUUGUUUAGUGAGGACAAAGUGAGAGUGUUCUAUGCUGUGAGAUUCUUUCUCGGUCUUCUCUCUGUUUUAACUGAUACUGUUCUUGUGGUAGCUCUUUCAAGAAAGUAUGGAAAACGACUUGCUACGUAUGCACUUGCUAUGCUGUGCUUAACCAGUGGCUGUUUCUUUGCUAGCACUAGUUUCUUGCCGAGUUCGUUUUCUAUGUAUGCAAUAUCUCUGGCAUCAGGUUUAUUUCUUCUGGAUAAGCCUGCUGCGUCAAUUUCUGUUGCUGUUAUUGGUGUAAUACUCGGCUGGCCAUUCUCAAUCUUGGCUUUCCUUCCAGUGACACUAUAUUCUCUAUCUAGAAAAUUCAAAGAGGCAUUUAUUUCUGCGGCUGUCACAUCGAUUAUUCUUCUUGCAUUGUCAAUAGUUACGGACUUUUACUACUAUGGAAAAUGGACUUCAUCUGUCUUGAAUCUUUUGAUAUACAACGUAGCUGGAGGUGGUGAAAGCCAUCUGUAUGGGACAGAAGGGCCUCUGUAUUAUCUGAGGAAUGGAUUUAACAAUUUCAACUUUUGUUUUGUUCUUGCUCUGCUGUUCUUGGGGAUUUUGCCUAUUGCAAAGAAGAAAUAUGCACCAGACCUACUGAUUGUGAUAUCUCCUAUAUAUAUUUGGCUGGGGUUUAUGUCUUUGCAGCCACACAAAGAAGAAAGGUUCCUUUAUCCAAUAUAUCCACUUAUUUGUGUAGCUGCUUCAGCUGUCAUUGAGAGCUUCCCUGAUUUUUUCCGUAGCAAAUAUAAUCCAUACGAUCGUUCUAUAAUAGUGACGGUUGCCAAAGUUAUGAGACCAGUGGUUCUUAGCCUUAUACUAUAUGCCUCUCAUGCCCGUACAUUUUCUCUGAUUAAUGGUUACUCAGCUCCCUUGGAGGUUUACAAGAUCUUGGAACACCAUGACGCAGAAAACAAUUCUGUACUUUGCAUUGGAAGUGAAUGGCAUCGCUUUCCAUCAUCAUUUUUCAUCCCAGAUUAUGUAGGACAAGUUCAAUGGAUUGACGAUGGAUUCCGAGGUCUUCUUCCCUUCCCAUUUAAUUCUACCCUAGGGGGGACUGCAGCAGCACCACCAUAUUUCAACGACAAAAACAUGGCAUCAGACAAGCAAUAUCUCCAUGAUGUUGUUGCUUGCACUUUCCUUGUCGAGCUGCAGCUAAAGCGGCCUUACCUGACUCGUGGAAGUGACUUGUCAACAUGGGAGCCUAUUGCUGCAUUGCCUUAUCUGGACAGGGAGCUUUCGCCAGCACUGUAUAGGUCCUUUUUCAUUCCUUACCUUUGGCAAGAGAAGAAUGUUUUUGGCAUGUAUAAGCUGCUUAAAAGAAGAACCACCUGAUUUUCUAUUUGGGUGGGGGGCAGGGCAGUAAAAUGUCCUAGAUUAUGGUGGAUUAACAACAAAACCAUUUUUGUCAGACAGUAAGCUUUUAGGAUAUCCCUCAUCUGUUGUUGAAUAUUUGAUUUAGUUCCUCGAGUGUUGUCAGAUGUCUUUUGUCCACGGAAGCAUUCAGUUUAUUAAUCAUCUACCUAUUAAGUGUGUGUUGGGGUGAGUAUUUGCAAACUGGAUUUGGAUAAUCUUGAUUUUGCAAAAUUGUUUUGGUUAAAAUUGAGUUUGAAGUGAUUUAUGUUUAAAAACUUUUAUUUCAAAA